GUCAGUUGCUAUCCGCCACUCUUCCUGUCUGUCACAGUGAAAUGUUUCUGAACACACCCCGUUCUGGAGGACGGACAUGCGAAAACCGUCGCAACGACGGGACGAGACUAUAAUUUAACCAAACGCAAUUUAGCUAAAACUGUUAUCAAUCGGUAUUAUAGGACACGCUUCUAAGAAGCACCUUUAAGGUGACUAUGGAUGCAGUCAACGCGUUUAACGUGGAGUUAUUCUCCAUGAUAGACAUGAAGCCUCCUAUUUCUCGGGCAAAAAUGAUGUCAAUAACUAAAUCCGCCAUAAAGGCCAUUAAGUUAUACAAGCAUGUUGUUCAGAUUGUUGAGAAAUUCAUCAAGAAGUGCAAACCUGAGUUGAAGAUCCCAGGCCUUUAUGUAGUGGAUUCCAUUGUGCGACAGUCUCGUCAUCAGUUUGGAAUGGACAAGGAUGUGUUUGGGCCGAGGUUCUUGAAGAACUUUACCGCAACCUUUCAGAAUCUUUAUAUGUGUCCACCUGAUGAUAAGAGUAAGAUCCUGCGCGUGUUGAAUCUUUGGCAGAAGAAUGGUGUUUUCGGUAUGGACAUCAUUCAGCCCCUUUUAGACAUGGCCACAGGUACUGUGAUGCCUGUGGUGGAAAAUGGCGUCCCAGCUGCAGCAUCCCCAGCCCCUGCGGUGCCGGCGGAGACCCCACUGCCCGUCACUAGUGCCUCCAUCGUGCAGGCACUGCCCCAGCUCCAGAACUCUGGGGCCCUCGCAGCUGUGGCUCAGCUCUUCCAGUCAUCACAGGGUCAAGAGUUGCACCAGAUCCUACAGACUCUGCAGCAGCCCCAGGCCUCUGUGAUGGAGGGCUCAGCUGGUGUAGUGGCAGCUGGGCCACCGAUGGCUUCAGCCCAGCCUGUCCCUCACAGUCUUCCCCCUACGGAGCAAAAGAGCUCCUUUGCCAAGAAACUCCUUGAUCGUUUUGACUAUGAUGAUGAACCGGAGCCUGCUGAUGAUAUGAAGGAUGAUGUAGCUGCUGCCAUUCCUCUAAAUGUGCAAUCAAAUAUGCAGCAACAGAUGAUGUACCCUCAGUGUCCUGCUCAGAUACCUGGCCAGCCUUCAGGGCAGAUGCAGGUGAUGGGCCAGUCUCUUCUGCCCCAGCAGAUGGGUGCUGUUCCCUUUAUGGCCCAGAUAGAGGCCAACGCCCCUCCUGCUCCCCAACAGCCUCAGGUGGCUGUCGUGGAGGCUGAACCGCCAGCGAGGCGAGACCGAAAGGAUGACACACGAGGCAGGAGAUCACGAUCAAGAUCACCAAGAAGGCAUUCGCCCUCACGUUCCCGUAGGUCACGCUCUGGCUCUGGAUCUCGCUCUCGCCGUUCGCGGUUCCACCGCUCUCGCUCCCGUUCCAGGGAUCGGCGGUCCCGAGACUGGCGAUCACCCCGUUCCCGAUCAGAGGAGAGGAGGGAGAGAGAGAGGGAACGAGAGCGGAGGCAGAAAGGACUGCCCCCCUUAAAGAGCAAAACCCUUAGUGUGUGCAGCACCACACUGUGGGUGGGUCAACUGGACAAGAAAACUACACAGCCAGACAUAUCAUCACUACUGGAGGAGUUCGGUCAGAUUGAGUCUAUCAAUAUGAUUCCCCCCAGGGGCUGUGCCUACAUCGUCAUGGUGCACAGGCAGGACGCCUACAGGGCCCUCACCAGCCUUAGCAGGGGCACUGUCAAGGUCAACCAGAAACCCAUCAAGAUUGCUUGGGCCUUGAACAAAGGCAUAAAGCCCGAUCUGAAGAAGCUGUGGGACGUUGAGCGUGGAGUCACAUACAUCCCCUGGAACAAGGUGAAAGUGGAGGACUUGGAGAACUAUCGGGAAGGAGGCAUGCUGGAUGCUGAGACACUUUGUCCAGACUGGGACAGCUCUGUGAAGGACUUGGUAAAGCCUGGAGCAGGAAGCAGUGGAAGUCAAGAAGGGCAGCGGAAGGAGGAGCACUCAGUGUCUACUGUACAGGUGCCUCCUACCCAGUCAGUGGCGUCUGCUGCUAAUCCUGCCUUCCCCCCUCCAAUGGGGCUCCCACCUCCAGCCAUGAUGCCUGGAGGGCCACUUCCACCCUUCCUACCCCCAGGUUUUGAUCCCACCAAGAUUCCCCCAGGAUUCCCUCCACCUGGUGCCUUGCCUGCUACUGGCCCUCCACCAACUGGACCCCCACCAACUGGCCCUCCCAUCAACAUGCCACCAAUGUCAGUAGUACCAGGUGCCUCUGCAGAGGAGCCAAAGAAAGACCAGAUGGUUCCAGAGAAUGCUCCGUCCGAUGCACCAGGAGGUCAGUCCAUGAGUCCCCCACCAACAGGAGGCCUCCUCGGGGCCAGGCCUGGCAUGAUCCCCUUGCAGCGCCCUCCAGGACCCCCACCCCCAUUCAUGCCCCACUUCCCGCCUGACAUGCCACCCCCAAACAUGCCUCCCAUGCCCCCUCCGAUGAUGCCCCGGGGCCCGAACCCCAUGAUGUACCGGGAGCCUCCACCGGGCCGGUUCCGAAUGCCAAUGCCCCAUCCCCCGAGAGACGACUUCCUCCCACCCCCGGAUGAUUUCCCCCCGGGUCCCAUGGACGACUUCCCACCUCCUCACGGGCCGCCCAUGGGACCUGAGGAUGUAGACGACUGGGAAGGUCCACCACCUCCACCAUGGCACAGGGAACCAGGCUGGUUCAGGGACCAGCCCCCACAUAGGGGGAGGGGCGGCCGAGGCUGGGGACGGGACAGGCCAGGGCCCGGGGGUCCACCAGGACGGUUCAUGAACCGCCAUGAAGGGUUUGACUAGCAUCCCGAGCCUAAGCUUAAAAGUUGAACUGUUGGGACAUUGAACUACAUGUGAGUUCGAAAUGUGUGGGGAAAAGAGGGAGUUUUUGGGAGAGGUACUCAGUGACAACAGAGAGGAAAUCAGUGCCAACAUUUCAGAUAUAAUUCACCAGUAAUCACCAGAGGUUACAGCUUUAGAUUACCCAAAAUUCCCUCCAGCCCAAGGAACACUAAGUUAACAUCACUGACAUGAACGUGAGUUCACCUGUCCUUGGAACCUCUGUGCUGAGUCUGUUAUGUGAGCUCGAGUAUUGUCUAAAAGAAUGAAGAAUAACUGUGUACAUACAAAUGCACUGCUCAAUCGUUUUGUAUACUUUGAAAUAGCUUUUUGUUUGGACUGUACCUUUGUAUGUCAGAGCAGGAGAUUGCUGUAAACCCUUCUGGAGAGUGUGUGCACCAUUUGUGUUUUUCUUUUUUUCUGGUUUUGACCUGAGGAGCUAUGACAUUUUUAUCGACCAGUAAGGUAAACAUGAAGCUGUGUUGCACAGUACUUUUCAUCUUUGUUUUUAGUAAACUAUUUUUGUAUCA